UUGAAGUUUGAACCAGCGAAUGUAUUGUGUUGUGUUGGGGCUAAAUACGUCUCCUCCUAUUAUAACAUAAAGAUAAAGAUUGCAAACCAACCAACAAACUUGAAAAUAAAAACAAAACAAAAGGUGGUAUAGGUGAAUGCGACCACUAUAGAUAUUACGGAGAGAGAGCGAAAAUCUAGAGCGCUGAUUCAACAACCUUAUUUUCAUCGAAUUACCAAAGUAGCGUGCGUACAAUCUGUACUCUAAUCGUAAUGGAGGCGCCAUUGCUGGCGGCGAACGGCGACGGCGAGGAAGACUACGCGCCGAUUGAGAGCGUGGGGGAGGCGAGGAAGGUGUUCUGGAAGGAGACGGUGAAGAUGUGGAAAAUUGCAGGGCCCAUCGGUUGCACUAUUCUCUGCAACUACGGAAUCAACUCCGUCACCAGCAUCUUCGUCGGCCAUAUCAGCGAGCUCGAGCUCUCUGCCGUCACCCUCUCUCUCUCCGUCAUUGGCACUUUCUCUUUCGGCUUCAUGUUGGGCAUGGGAAGUGCACUAGAGACACUAUGUGGGCAAGCUUUUGGAGCAGGACAAGUCAAAAUGCUUGGGAUCUACAUGCAAAGAUCAUGGAUCAUAUUACUAAGCAGCUGCAUCAUCCUCUUGCCAAUUUACAUAUUCGCCGCCCCAAUUCUGAAGCUCUUUGGCCAGGCUGAUGAAGUAGCUGAUCUUGCUGGAAACUUCACCGUCCUAGUUAUCCCUCAGCUAUUCUCACUAGCCAUCAGUUUCCCAACUCAAAAGUUCCUCCAAGCCCAGAGCAAAGUCAACGCCCUCGCGUGGAUCGGAUUCAUCGGGCUAAUUCUGCACGUCGGAAUGCUUUGGCUAUUCAUCUACUUUUACAACUGGGGCUUGGCUGGGGCUGCAGUGGCCUUUGACCUCACAAGUUGGCUGAUUGCGGCUGCCCAAGUUGUUUAUGUCAUUGGGUGGUGCAAUGAGGGUUGGAGUGGUUUCUCAUGGAAUGCUUUUAAGGAUAUUUGGGCCUUUGUUAGGCUCUCUCUUGCCUCCGCUGUUAUGCUUUGCCUUGAGGUUUGGUACAUGAUGAGCAUUAUUAUCCUCACUGGACAUCUUGACAAUGCUGUGAUUGCUGUUGAUUCGCUGUCCGUUUGCAUGAAUCUCAAUGGAUGGGAAGCCAUGUUGUUCUUCGGAAUAAAUGCUGCCAUCAGCGUCCGUGUUUCCAAUGAGUUAGGAAUGAGGCGUCCAGUGGCAGCCAAAUAUUCGGUCUAUGUGACGUUGCUUCAGUCUCUCCUAAUCGGGCUUCUUUUCACCGUCUUGAUUUUGAUAACCAAAGACAAUUUUGCGAUCAUCUUCACAAGUAGCAAGGAAGUGCGCCGAGCCGUGUCUCACCUUGCAUAUCUUUUAGGCGUCACUAUGAUUCUCAAUAGCGUCCAACCCGUGAUCUCAGGCGUUGCUAUUGGAGGUGGCUGGCAAGCACUAGUGGCUUAUAUCAACUUGGGUUCUUACUACAUUUUUGGACUGCCAUUAGGCUUCCUUCUUGGGUAUACAGCAAACCUUGGAGUAAAUGGAGUUUGGGGAGGCAUGAUAUGUGGAACCGGUCUACAAACCUUGCUGCUCAUGAUUGUACUUUACAAAACCAGCUGGAACAAGGAGGUGGAAGAAACCACAGAACGCAUGCGGAAGUGGGGUGGCCAAGAGAUCAACGAUAAGAUCAUGGAUGCAUGAUUGUAUAUUAAUGUUUGACUGGCAUAAGAAUAAAGAUCUUCCUUAAUAGUUGUUUUGGUAGCAAAUAGAUCUGAGUCGUUUUUGGACAAAAAGCUAACCAUCGUGCUUGUUAGCUUAAUCAUUUUUGAGUGGAUUUGGUUUAACUCUUCCUAGUUGUUAACAGUGAAAAUUUAGUAGCUAAUGAAAUAUUAUUGAGAUA